CCACUGAGCCACCGGGGCUGCCCCAGUAAUUCUAUUUUAAUAUUUUAAGGAGCAGUGUUUUCCAUAGUGGCUGCACCGUUUUACAUUCCCACCACGGAAGCACAAGGAGUCCAAUUUUCCUACAACCCCCACCAACACUUGUUAUCUGCAGGUUUGGGGGCUUUUUCUUCAUGGAAAAAAAAAAAAAGAAGGAAAGAAAACAAAACGAAAACCAAUAACUCUAUGCCCGACGUGGGGCUUGAACUUAUCACCCUGAGAUCAGGAGUCCCGUGCUCCACCAACUGAGCCAGCCAGGUGCCCCCUCUGUUAUGUUUGUGGUCUACUUCUGCUAGGAAGACUAGCCAAGUGGGGAGCCUGUCCCACCAGGUCGGAGCAUACCUGCCAGAGCACUGGAACUCACAGGUAGGCUUGCACUUUAGGGUUCUGUGAAGCUCAAAGAUGUCCAGGAAGCACUUGGGAUUUUUGACCUUACAGUGCAUCCACAGAAAAGCCUUUCCUGGUCACCCAAACUAAAAUACUACUUUCAACCGCUCUGUCACGUACACUUGUUUAUUUUAGACACAACUUUCAUCAUUAUCUGAAGUUAUACAAAGUGUUUAUUAUUUUUAGAAAUUCAACUCCCCAUGCCAAAAGUAUGUAAGGUCCACGGAGCAGAGACCUUGUUUAUUGCUGUGUUUCCAAUGCAAGCAAAAUUUGCCUGGAUAACACUGGUGCCAGUGAUGCUUGGAGAGGUGGGUGAAUGAGACCUGACCAAGGACUGGAGGGAGGAAAUUCAAGCUAACUCACAACUUCCUGCCUGAGGGGAUUUCUUGGAUGGACAGAGGUGCCAAUCACCAUGAUGUGUACCCAGGAAGGAGAGUGGGUUAUGAUGAACAAGUGUUUUCAGCAGUGCUGCAUGUGAGAUACUCCAUCUGGUGACCCAUCCUCACCGGGGAGCCAGUCAGCAUGUUCUCUGGAAGUCUUUCCUGGAGCUCUAAGAAGAGAUCCCCGGGAAACGUACAGGGACUAUGUUCGCAGGAAGUUCCGGCUGAUGGAAGACCGCAACGCACGCCUAGGAGAAUGCGUCAACCUCAGCCACAGGUACACCCGCCUCCUCCUGGUGAAGGAACACUCAAAUCCCAUGUGGGCCCAGCAGAAGCUCCUGGACACAGGCUGGGGGCAGGCGAGAACCGUGGGACACCAGGCCAGCUUCAUCCAGAUGGAGACCCUCUUCGAGCCCGACGAGGAGCGCCCCGAGCCGCCGCGCACCGUGGUCCUGCAGGGAGCAGCGGGGAUGGGCAAGUCCAUGCUGGCCCACAAGGUGAUGCUGGACUGGGCCGACGGGAGGCUCUUCCAGGACAGGUUUGAUUACCUCUUCUACAUCAACUGCAGGAAGAUGAACCAGAGCACUGCGGAGCAGAGCGCCCAGGAUCUCAUCUCCAGUUGCUGGCCUGAGCCCAGCGUACCCCUCCAGGAGCUUGUCCGAGUCCCUGAGCGCCUCCUCUUCAUCAUUGAUGGCUUCCAUGAGCUAAAACCCUCUUUCCACGACCCUCAGGGCCCCUGGUGCCUCUGCUGGGAGGAGAAACGGCCCACAGAGCUUCUUCUCAGCAGCCUGAUUCGGAAGAAGCUGCUGCCUGAGCUGUCUGUGCUCAUCACCAUCAGGCCCACGGCUUUGGAGAAACUCCACCGCUUGCUGGAGCACCCCAGGCAUGUGGAGAUCCUGGGCUUCUCUGAGGCAGAAAGGAAGGAGUACUUCUAUAAGUAUUUCCACAAUGCAGAGCAGGCCGGUCAAGUCUUCAAUUUCAUCAGGGACAAUGAGCCCCUCUUCACUCUAUGCUUUGUCCCCAUGGUGUGCUGGGUGGUUUGUACCUGCCUCAAGCAGCAGUUGGAGGAUGGGGGGCUUCUAAGACAGACAUCCAGGACCACCACAGCAGUGUACAUGCUCUACCUCUUGAGUCUGAUGCAGCCCAAGCCAGGGAGCCCAAUCCUCCAGUCCCCACCCAACCAGAGAGGGCUGUGCUCUUUGGCGGCAGAUGGCCUCUGGAAUCAGAAAAUCCUAUUUGAGGAGCAGGACCUCCGGAAGCAUGGCCUAGAUGGGGCAGAUGUCUCUUCCUUCCUCAACAUGAACAUCUUCCAGAAGGAUAUCAACUGUGAAAAGUUCUACAGCUUCAUCCACUUGAGCUUCCAGGAAUUCUUUGCUGCCAUGUACUAUAUCCUGGAUCCUGGGGAGAGCAGGUCCAGCCCAGAGCACAAUGUGACGAGGCUGUUAGCUGAGUACGAGUUUUCAGAAAGGAGCUUCUUGGCACUCACUGUCCGUUUCCUGUUUGGACUCCUGAAUGAGGAGACAAGGAGCUACCUGGAGAAGAGUCUUUGCUGGAAGGUCUCACCUCACGUCAAGGUGGAGCUGCUGGAGUGGAUCCAAAGGAAAGCUCAGAGCGAGGGUUCCACUCUGCAGCAGGGCUCCUUGGAGCUCUUCAGCUGUCUGUAUGAGAUCCAGGAGGAGGAUUUCAUCCAACAGGCCCUGAGCCCCUUCCAAGUGGUCGUGGUCAACAACAUUGCCACCAAGAUGGAGCACAUGAUUUCCUCCUUUUGUGUGAAGAACUGUAGGAGUGCCCUGGUGCUGCACUUGCAUGGGGCUGCCUACAGCCCGGAUGAAGAUGAUGGGGGGAGAUGGGCUUCAGGGCCCCAGAUGCUACCGACACAGAUACCCGAGAAGAACGUUUUGCCAGAUGCCUACAGCAAACAGCUUGCUGCCGCUCUGAGCACCAACCCGAACCUGACAGAGCUGGUUUUGUACCGCAGUGCGUUGGGCAGCCGGGGGGUGAGGCUGCUGUGUCAGGGGCUCAGACACCCCAGCUGCAAACUUCAGAACCUGAGCCUGAAGAGGUGCUGCGUGGCCAGCUCCGCCUGCCAGGACCUUGCGGCCGCCCUGAUGGCCAAUCAGAAUCUAAGGAGGAUGGACCUGAGCAGCAACAGGCUGGGGCUGCCAGGCCUGAGAGCACUCUGCAAGGGGCUCCGGCAUCCCAGAUGCAAGCUGCAGGUGAUCCAGUUGAGGAAGUGUCAGCUGGAAGCGGAGGCUUGCCAGGAGAUUGCCUCCGUGCUCAGCACCAGUCGACAUCUGGAGGAGUUGGACCUAACUGGAAAUGCUCUGGAGGAUUUGGGUCUGAAGCUCUUAUGUCAAGGCCUGAGGCACCCAGUCUGUAGACUGCAGAUCCUGUGGUUGAAGAUUUGCCAUCUCACUGCUGCUGCCUGCGAGGACCUUGCCUCCACCCUGGGUGUGAACCAGAGCCUGAUAGAGCUGGAUCUGAGCCUCAAUGACCUGGGGGACCCCGGGGUGCUGCUGCUAUGUGAAGGCCUCAGGCAUCCCCAGUGCAGACUCCAGGCUCUCCGGUUGGGCAUUUGCAGGCUCAGCUCGGCAGCCUGCAAGGGUCUCUGCACGGUGCUGCAGGUCAAUCCCUGCCUCCGGGACCUGGACCUAAGCUUCAAUGACCUGGGGGAUGCGGGCGUGUGGCCGCUCUGCGAGGGGCUGCGUCACCCCACCUGCAGACUCCAGAAACUGUGGCUGGAUAGCUGUGGCCUCACUGCCAAAGCUUGUGAGGAUCUUUCGUCUGCCCUCGGGGUGAGCCAGACCCUGAGGGAGCUUUAUCUGACCAACAAUGCCCUGGGGAAUGCAGGGGUCAGGCUGCUCUGCAAAGGACUGAGUCAUCCCGGCUGCAAACUUCAAGUCCUCUGGUUAUUUGGAAUGGAGCUGAAUAAGAUGACCCACAGGAGACUGGCAGCGCUUCGAGUAGUGAAACCUCAGCUGGACAUCGGUUGCUGAAUGGUUCUAGCCGCCGGCUCUUCUCUUGGAGUCAGGACAGAGGAAGGGGAAAUCCCAGGACCCUCUGGCCAGCGUGAUGAUCAGGCUCUUUUAUCUCCUCCAAACUCCCAUGCAGGAUAAAUCCUUUCUGCUUCAGGACUCUGUCAAGUGGUCAACUGUGGAGCAUUAGUGUUGGGAAGUGAGUGUCAUGGAGAGAACUUAAGGUGGGGUGCUGGGUGAUCCUUGAGCAGGGAUUUUCAAAGGAGGGUGGACUUGCACUUCUCUCCCUCCCUGGGACACAUACAUGGUGGUGUCAGGAGACAUUGGGGUGGUGGUUGUGGAGCUGCCCACUCCAGUGGUGGAGGCCAAGGAGUCUCCUAAAUAUCUGAGCAAUGCACAAAACAGCCCUCCUGCAGCAGUGUUUAGCUCCAAUGACAUUUGAGGCUGGAUUGAGGAACCUUGUUCUCAAGGACCAGUGGUGCAAUGAGAGUGCUAGGCCAUCUUGUGUGCCUUAGGAUACUGGUCAUGCCAAGGGCCCCACCCCAUGCCCUUGCAGUCUCAUUUUGCAUGUGGUUCUGCCCCCUGGCUGGAGGCAGGUGCACCGUGGAUGGACCUCUUGCCAGGGUUAGUGGACUGCAGGCUGGCCAAUAACCUGUAUCAUACUUUGGAUGAGAACUUGAACCCAGAUUUUUUUUUAAGAUUUUAUUUAUUCAUGAGAGACAUACACACAGAGGCAGAGACACAAGCAGGAGAAGCAGGCUCCAUGCAGGGAGCCUGAUGUGCGACUCCAGGAUCACGUCCUGGACCGAAGGCGGCGCUAAACCGCUGAGCCAUCCCGGCUGCCCUCAAACCCAGAUUUGUAACCCAGUUGGGAGAUUGCAAUCAGGGAACCUCAGCCCCAGCCAGUGAUUGGCUAGAAGCCUGAGGCCACCGUGAGCGUGCCCUGCUGAAGCCAUUGGGCGCAGGUGUCUGGGAAGACCAGAACUUCCUAGGAAGCAGAGGCCAUUUGUAGAGGAAAAGGUGACCCUGCCACCCAUGGAAUUCUGGGAAAGGAAAUAAAUUUGAUUCUGCAGAAGACAUGCCUGUGGGCAGCAAUAAAGGUCCCUCCAAUGGUGACAGCACACUGGACUCCUUGAAACCAAGCCCUUCCGUUACGGGGCCUUUGGCAGCUGUCAGACCUGUGUGCCACCUGCUUCUGAAGCAGCGCCCCAGGACCUAGGCCCUCCGCUGGAGCUGGGGAGACGUGGCCGACAAGGAAAGCCAAGAAGGCCUGUGGGCACGUCUUACUAGUGGAACAGGAAGCCUUCCUAGAGCUGGGAGGAGGUGUUCCUGGUCUAAUAAGACUAAAGGGUGGGGUCGUCACCCCAGCCGGACCGCUCAUUUUGGGUAGUGCAUUGCAGUGCGUCUGGGGAGACAGACCGCUCUCAGGACCAGUGAGGCUUGUUCCAUUGAAAAGGUCAUGAAGCCGAGCAGCCAUUCCCAAUAAAACCUCUUAAAAACCAGCAGCCAAGGCAGCCCCUAUAGGUCAGGGGUUCAGCGCCGCCUGCAGCCCGGGGUGUGAUCCUGGAGACCCGGGACCGAGUCCUACAUGGGGCUCCCAGCAUGGAGCCUGCUUUCUCCCUCUGCCUGGGUCCGUCUAUAAAGGACAUCUUAAAAGAGCCAGUAGCCAGAUUAGUGCUGCGAUUACCUUCCCUCAAAUUGAGGGGGAUGGAGAUGAACUGCACCCAUGUCAAAAUAGCAACGCCUAGACAUCACUCCGAGCGGCCAGUUGUUAGUGCCGAGCCUGACGCCACCUCCCAUCCUGCUUGGAGCUUUGCCUAGAGCCAAUCUGAGGACUGAGGUUUAUGGACAAUUUACAGACUCUCAAAAUCUGGAGUUACAUGUGCAGUUCUGCUUCCAGGAAUUCCUUGGGUAAGGGGGAGAUUGAGAGAACUCAGCACCGUCUCAACCCUUAUCAAGGUAGCAACUACAAGCCACUUGGACAAGAAUUUGCUUUUCAGGCUUCAGGAGGAAGCAGACCACCCAGGCCUUCGGGCUCUCCGAGCUGCCCUCCGAGGGCCCUUUUAUAGUUCUAAGACAUGAAUCCCACACCGGGCUCCCUGCAUGGAGCCUGCUUCCCCCGACUCUAACCCAGGUUAUGUUGAAGUAAAAUCUUUUAAGUUACAGUCAAACACAAAUCACAGCUGGUUCGUAUUUUAUUGGACUGGAUUUCAGGGCUUCUGUGAUGUAAACCUAACAAAGGACUAAAUGUUUAGUGGAGGGGAUGAAGCCACCCACAAAUUUGGGCAAACUUCAAA